GUUAUGCCGGUAUGCUGCUUACACACAUGUUGAACAUGGCAUAAGCAUCAUAAACAUUAAUAUUUAUUAAAAAUAUAUUGAAUUGAACAAAGUAUAAAUGAAUGAAACGAUGGAAGAUCCUGUUGCAACAACCGAAAAGUCAAAAAAGAUAGAAGCUAUAAAUAAAGAAACAAUCCAUCAUAUCUGUUCUGGCCAGGUGGUGCUUGAUCUUGCAAUCGCUGUUAAAGAGUUGGUGGAGAAUAGUUUGGACAGUAAUGCUACGGUGAUUGAUGUCAAACUUACUGAUUAUGGUAAAACAUGCAUCAGUGUCAGUGAUAAUGGUACUGGUAUUUUGGAACAGGACUUUGAAGCUUUAAGUUUGAAACAUCAUACUUCCAAGCUUCGGGAAUUCACGGAUUUAACUGAAGUAAACACAUUUGGCUUUCGUGGUGAAGCAUUAAGUUCACUGUGUGCUUUAUCUGAAUUGAGUAUUGUCACCAAACAUUCCUUGAGCCAGCAUGGCUUUAAGUUAGAUUUUGAUAAAAAUGGUAUACUUACGAAGAAGGAACCGUGUGCUAGAGAAAAGGGAACCACAGUACACGUGAGAAAUAUAUUCAAAAAUUUACCUGUAAGAGCGAAAGAGUUUCAAAAGAAUUUGAAGAAAGAGUAUGCGCGUACUAUCCAAGUCUUGUAUAGUUACUGUCUGGUUUCCACAAACAUUAAGAUUACGUGUUUCAAUUUGAUAGCAGGCAAAUCGCCUAAUCUUGUAGUAGCCACCAGAAAUACUGACAGCAUACUGGAUAAUGUAAAUUCUGUAUUUGGCAAAAAGUCUAUAGAUGGGAUUGUUAAAAUCGAAUUGCAACCUCCGGACGAAACAGCAUUACAAGAAUACAAUUUGCCUAAUGAUGCUACUAUAGAUUUUGACUGGGAAUGUUAUGUGAGCACUUGUGAUCAUGCAGUUGGGCGUUCUUCGCCCGAUCGACAAUUUUUCUAUGUGAACGGUCGACCGUGUGAUCUCACGAAAGUCAGUAGAUUGAUAAACAAUGUGUACCACAAAUAUAAUAAUAAGCAGUAUCCAUUUGUCUUUCUGAAUAUCAAGUUAAAUCGACAGUGUGCCGACGUUAACGUUACUCCCGAUAAAAGAACUAUAUUCUUCACGCAAGAACGUCUCAUAUUAACGACAUUAAAGUUUAAUUUAACAACAAGAUGGGACAAACUGCAAGGGAAUUUUGCAGCUAAAAGUUUGACGGAAUUAAAUUUUAGCUUGAAGAGAACAGGCUCGCCUAAUUAUGCGUCCCCGCCAGCUAAAAAAUUGCAAAUAUCACCUUCAAUGUCGCAUAUAGCAAAAGAUGAUGUUAUUAAAACUAGUAUUAAAUCAAUGAAAAAAACUGUGGAUACAAAAAUGGUGAUAAAUCUAGCAAUAAUAAAAGAAAAAUUUAGAGAAAAAGAAAAUAUUGUUAGGACAUCUGCCAAUACAGAGAAAAGAAUAAAAUAUAGAGUGCAAAUGGAAGCUAAUCAAGGUGAAGCUGAAAAGGAAUUGCAAAGAGAAUUGACAAAAGAUUCGUUUGAUAAGAUGGAGGUAAUAGGUCAGUUUAAUCUUGGUUUCAUAAUAGCUCGCCUGGAGAAUGAUCUCUUUAUCAUUGAUCAACAUGCUACUGACGAAAAAUUUCGCUUCGAGAAACUUAACAACGAAACGAAAUUAAAAACCCAAAAGCUUAUUGUGCCAAAGUCGCUAAACUUUUCUGCACUAAAUGAAACGAUACUUAUAGAACAUCAACAAACAUUCGAAGAUAAUGGAUUUACUUUCAGUAUCAAUGAACAAGCUGAACCUGGAAAAAAGAUAGAAUUAGUGGGAAUGCCUGUUAGCGGUAAUUGGCAGUUUGGUCAAGAGGACAUAGAAGAAUUAGCAUUUCUCAUUAGAGAAGCAGGCAACGAAAACAAAGAGAAGCAUAUAUAUCGUCCGAGUCGUGUCAGUCAAAUGUUAGCAUCCAGAGCAUGUCGCAGCGCAAUUAUGAUUGGCACAGCUUUAAAUACUAAUGAAAUGCAGAGGCUAAUAAUGCAAAUGACGCAAAUGCAGAAUCCAUGGAAUUGUCCGCAUGGAAGGCCCACCAUAAGACACUUGUUGUCUUUAUUGCUAAUAAAUAAAUGAAUAAACUAAUAUUUUUACAAAUGUUUAAGUGCAAAGUAUGAAUAAUUCUUUUUAUC